AUUACAACUCAUUCCUUGUAGUCAAUGAAGGAAAGAAAAUUUAAAAGUUACAAAAAGUGAUUUGAAUAUUUUAGUUUCGUGAAAAACAUGUAAGAGUAAAUGUUUCGGAUCUUAGUUUGAUUUACAAUAUCCUUCGUAUUAAGAAAGUUUGAUUGUGAUAUUAGUAAUUGGUCUUUUGUUAAUGAAAUAUAGAACUGGAAAAUGUCAUGCAUAGUUUGUGUUAUAAACCCUGGGCAAUGUACAAUGGGUUAUUUACUUAAUAUAGAAUUUUAUUCAUAAAUUAUGAAUAUACCAAAUAUAGAGGUUUUUGAAAAUUUAAUAUUGUCAAAUAAUUGCUUUCAUAGUAAGCAAAGAGAAAUACUUGUAAGAUCUGACGAAAAAAUCAGUUUGUAGAGGGAUCAGUCAGAGUUUAUCAUAAAUUAAAGCUUACAACACCACCAACUGCAAGAAGGGGUUUACUAAUGACAUCCCAGUGAUAAUGAGCUGAGGCCUGCUGGAGUUUUUGUAACAAAAAUCACAAUGUUGAUGUGUGACAGUUCAGAUGAUGAGUCUGUGAGUGUUGAUUCUGAACUUGAAAGGAGUAGGAGUAAUUCUUUAAAUAGCAGCCAAUCAGAUGAUAGCUCUUCUGGCUGUGAGGAAUAUGUUGUGACUUUACGUCCUUGUAUUGAUGGAAAGAACUACACGACAUUGCUGAUGGGCAAAUCUCCUCGCAGAAACCAUAACGAUACAGAAGAAUCAACCAUGUACCUCGACUACCCUCCCACUAAACCGUUCAUCAACGAUGACUAUGAGCGUCCACCCUACAAGCCAGUCAGCUCAUACCCAGAGGGCAACAGAAAAGCUGUGAUCUCGGCACUUCGGAACCUUCAAGGCCGUAUCCACCAACUUGAGGUGGAGCGGUCGGCUGCGGAAGACAACCUCAAGCACCUUGCGACCGAGACCAACCGGUACCGGGACAUCUUCCAACGUGAAGCCGAGCAAAAGAAACCCGCACAAACCUCCAUCUCAAAACAUAACCAGGAGCUAGAGUCUCAGUUGUCGGCAGCAGAAAUGCGAUGUAAUCUGUUGGAGAAACAGCUUGACCACAUGAAAGACAUGGUUACCACAUCAGAAAGGAACCGAUACGAUAGCAUACUGAAGCCUUCAGAAGGAGAGAAACAGAUUGAAACGACGGGUGAACACUCUUCAAGCUUCCAGGGCAACCUGAGGAAAAUCGCUGAACUGGAACGCGACCACAUGAAACUAACAGCCAAUCAGACGCUUGCAGAGAGCAAGAUCCGGGAGCUCGAGGAUCGACUCGGCGAGGAGCGGAACCACCGACGCCUCAUUGUGGAGAAGGCUGCACAGAUUGAGUCAGUACAGAAAGCCAACCAGUUGUUACACGACGGGGAAGAUCUGGCGGAAUACAAGGCCCCAGUGAAGACAAAACGGCUUGUGAAGAAAAAGAAGAAAGUUGUCAGCAAGAAAACAGCCCCAUGUCAUUCCAGUCACAAAUCAGAGCCCGCAAAACACUACAGGCUCAACCUGGCUGAUAUUCCAUUUGUAGCUGGCAAGAACACAGGCCCAAGCCAUGCUGUGGGUGCGAAUGUACAGCGGGUAUUCGCGAUGAUGAAGAGCCACAACACGGCACUGUGUUCGCAUACGUCCCACCCUGCAGGUUCUUGCGGGUCAUCAACCCCCGCAUCAUCAGAAUCAUCCUCCCCGUCGACAGAGCAAGACCUCGCUGAAAUACUCCUGCAGCUCCAGGACGAGUUUCAUCAGAUGAGUUUUGAGCACCAGGAGCUGUCGAAGGAGAUCUUGGACACGAGUGAUCGUCGAGUGAGAGAGGAUAUGGAGCGUGAACUAGAUGCCCUUGUCUCACGCAUGGAGUCCAAGUCAUGCCAGAUAGCCAAGAUACGAAAACACCAGGAAAAGAUGAAUAAUAAGAAAAAGCGAAAGUCAAGGAAGGUGAGUGAUGCAAGUGAAGAAGUGACAACCCCCCGUGCACGGUCCGCCCACUCAUGUACACGUGCUUCCACAGCAACACGUGCAUCGCCCUCGCAUCGAUAUAGCGGAGAAGUUGAGGUGACAACAACCAUAAAACCUCGUGGAACGGGCACUGGGAUUGUGCAGAUACGACCCUCAAGCGCACGUGAUAUAUCACUCAAUGUGUUGAAGGACAUGAGAAAAUUGCAAUCAACGUUGAGAAAAGACGAUUUAUGUUGGAAAUAGUGGUGUAUUACUCAAAUUAAGGUCUUGAAUAAAUAAAAUUUAAUUUCUGAAAUCUUGAAAGUAAUAAAAAUAAAUCUUUGCAAUAAAAGUUCUUUAACAUGUGCAGCAUCAUCUCAGAGUUAAAAGAUGUGCAAGAUUAAACAAUUGGCCUAACAUGUCUGUACAAUCAGUUGCAGGGCUUGAUAUUACAUUGUACUCAAUCUCAUCUUUCUCAUUGUAUAGUGUAAUACUGUAGGUUAUCACUUUUCAUUUAAUCAGAUUUAUAUUUCCACAUUCCAAGGCCAGCAUUAUACUAGUACUUUAUCUUUAUAUAGGAAAUUGAAGUCAAUUAGGUUUUGUUUUUCCAACUUGUUACAGCUAUUCUUAUUGGUUGACCUGUUUUGUCUUUUUAUCUGAAGGCCAUUCUGCGUAUGGUCAACUGAUGGAACGAGUGAUAAAGCAUUCAAGAUAAAAAAAAUAAUUCUCAGGAUGAGUUCUUGCCGCAGAUUUUCCGCCAGUGACUCCAAAUGACUCCUGUUUGAAUUUCAAUGCUCGGACGACUCAACCUUGUUUAAAUUCUGUUGUAAUUAACUUAACAGAAUGAGCCUCUCUUCGCUUUCUCACAGUAGUUUGACAAAUAGAGAAAUCAGAUACUUUAGAAAGCAUCCAAAUUAUUAUUGGUAUGGGUAAACAUCACCCCAACAUUACCAGGUAUAGUACUAUAAGAAUAUUUUUCAAGAAUUGAAACAAACUAUGUGGAUAUGAGAAUGAAAUAUUGUACACUGUCAUAGAGGACACUUCAUCGUGCAGCUUCUGUUUUGCACUAAACUGUGAUAUGUAGAUUAGUUUUAACUUGUUUUGUGGUCUCUGGAUGUGUUUUUAUUUCAUUUAGCGGUCUUUUCUGAGCUAAAUAUUAGUUCAGGGAGGCCUUUCUUUAAUAAAAAAUAAUUGGCCAUCUAUAAUGAUUUUUAUCUGAAAUCAGUUCUUAACUGAUUUUAUUUAUGUAUUUAAAUGCGCACAAUCAUGUAUGAAAUAAAAAUUUAAACCAUA